AUGCUGCGUUUCACACGCACCUCCUUUACGGGCCGCGCGAUGAUAUCGCGUGGCAGCCCCGAGUGGUCACACCGCCUGGACUUGAAGAAAGGCAAGAAGACGACCCUGGCGCACAAACUCGGCACGAGCAAGCCGAACAACGCGCUGCAGUACGCGCAGAUGACGCUGCACGACCUCACGGAGUGGGUGCUGGCCUACUCCCCCUGGCCCCUCACCUUCGGCCUGGCCUGCUGCGCGGUGGAGAUGAUGCACAGCUACUCCUCCCGCUACGAUCUCGAUCGGUUCGGCAUCGUGCCGCGUCCCUCACCUCGUCAGGCGGAGAUCAUCAUCGUCUCCGGCACCGUCACGAACAAGAUGGCCCCGCUGCUGCGUACCAUCUACGUGCAGAUGGUGAACCCGAAAUGGGUCAUUUCGAUGGGCAGCUGCGCCAACGGCGGUGGCUACUACCACUUCUCGUACGCCGUGCUGCGCGGGUGCGAGCGGUCGAUCCCAGUCGACUGUUGGAUUCCCGGCUGCCCGCCCUCCGCGGAGAGUCUCGUCUUCUGCCUGCACAACCUACAGAAGAAGAUUCGCUGGCACGAGAUCCAAAAGUACUCUGUCCGGUAA